AAAACACUGUAGCAUAAUACUUCUGGGAUAGAGGACGUGCUUGAGUGAAGCAUUCAUCAGCAAGCGUUCCAAGGAGCCCUCUUGACAUGUAGGAUAUUAAGUUGGGCUAAAAAUACUACUCCCUGACUCGCAGGCAGGAAUAUCAGAUUAAAACGGGUGUACGACUUGAAUUGCUUCUGCUAGGCUUCGACCGACAGAACGGGUCAGGUUUAACGGUCCUCCAGUUCCGCGUUUUCCCGAUCAGUUGAAGUCAAGACCUCACCGUCGGCGGCCUCUUGUCCAAAUUUAGAGACCGGAAAAACGUGCUAAGAAAAAAAAAGGACGUUUUGUACAAACUCAGCGACUAGCCCCAGCGAGAAAGUCACCGGAGAUGUUACGGGGCCCUCGGCUUUCUGUUUUGAUGUGUCUCGCACUGUACGUGAGUCAGGGCUGGUGUGGCUGUGUGGAGGUAGAUUCGAGGACCGAGGCAGUGACUGGCCACGGCUUCAAACUGGGCUGCAUCUCCUGCAAGAGGCGAGGAGAGGUGGCGGCGUCUGCGUAUGUGGAGUGGUACUUCCAGGCGAAAGGAGAGUCCGACUUUGUCCAGAUCUACGAGUACAGAGACCAGACCCCGGCCAUCCUGCACGAGCAGUUCCUGGAGCGGCUCGCCUGGAACGGCAGCAAGAGGACGGACGACCUCCAGGACGGGUCCCUGUACAUCCUCAACGUCACCCUGAACGACACGGGCACCUACCGCUGCCACUUCUACCGCACCCUCUUCCUGCACAUCCAGGACCACCACACCAACGCCACCAAGCUGGUCCAGCUCUCCGUGGUGGAGGAAGCUAACCGGGAGCUGACGUCGAUCAUCUCUGAGGUCUUCAUGUACCUGUGCAUCGUGGGUUUCCAGGUCGGCAUUGUCCUGGUGCUGGUUCUCUGCUAUAAGAAGACCGCCGCGGCCGCAAGAGAGAGCGAGAGAGAGAAGGAACCCUUGGACAGCAAAGACAACUGUGCUGGGAUCCAGGUGGAUGAAUAGGCCAGAAAGAACUGACUAUUGAAGAUCGAGGCACAAGAAGCUACCAUAAGCCAUCCUUGUUGUUUUUUUUUAAUCUGCAUGAAAUACAGUAUGUGAUUAUCGUCCUGGAAAACUGUGGUUGGUGGGAUAGUUUCUGUUUUUAAGGUAGACUUUGCAUUGAUCCAACCUCAGCAAGAGGUCGGUGCUGCACAGAUGUUUCAUAAAGAAUAACACACACAAGCUUACCGUUAUUACCGUUUUAUUAUAGUCACUUAUGGCUCCAAGUGAGCAUGCUAUGCUUCCCCUGAAAAACAAAACAAAUUUGUAAAUGCCAUUUUUAUAGGGUUUUAUGGUGACAUAGUGGUCAGCAUUCCUGCUUCACAGCCCUGGGGCCUGGGUUGACAUUCCAGACCCGGUCUGCUGUCUGUGUGGAGUCUGCAUGUUCUCACCGGUUUCACAUGGGUUUUCUCCAGCUGCUCUGGUUUCCUUCCACAGUCCAAAGACAUGCUGGUGGGUUAAUAGGUUUCUCGGAAUGUUGGCCCUGGCCUGUGUGUGCCCUGUGAUGGACUGGUGUCCUGUCCAGGGUGUACCCAGCCUUGUGUCCAUUGCUUGCUGGGAUGGGCUCUGGCUUCUGCAACCCUGAAUUGGAUGAAGCAUUGGAUGACCUUGUCCUGUCAAGUGGGUUUUCCUGCAGUCUAAGUCAUAAGGUCUUUUUUUUCUCCCUUGUCAUGAGUUAGAUAGGAGAGUGAGUGAAAAGAAGCAUUUUGUACCAACAUCGUAAACAGUAUUAUCCGUCUAGAUCAAUCACAUUCAGACCUGUUUCUGCUGGGUCUUCACAUGUCCAUUCCACCCUGGAUUCUUAAUGACUUGAUCUGAAGCAGUCAUUCAAGUAAUUGGUCUGUAGCUCUUCACUCAUCGAGGAUUAUAAGUGACCUAUAAAACCUAGUGAACUUCUGCUUUCAGAAGCAGGAGAGAAUCUAGAACCAAAAUGUUCCAUACUUACAUCCUCAUGACAUAAAGCUAGAAAUAAAGACUCUUUUAAACACGUCAUUAGUUCCCACUGUCUUUGUUUUCCUCCAGAGAAUUCUUUCUAAUUAGAUGCUGCAGCACUUGACCAUGUAGGCCCUUAUAAUCAAUCUUGUGUGCGCCCUCUUUAGACUGGGAAGGCCUGAUCUCGUUUUGCUAUCAUUACCUAAAUUAAAUUCUGAAACCUCAGGUGGUUGAUAGAAUAAGGUUGCCUGUUUUAAAUUACCCAGUUAAUGUUUAGCAGUGCUUUUACCUUGGGUGUCGAUUAUAUAGUUCUGCUAGAAAAGCCUUUCACACAUGAAAUUAAAUGCAUGUUUGGGUUGCAGGCUUAUGCUGGUGUUUAAUCACUUCAACGGUUUAAAUUUGGCACCUUUUUGCUGAUGUGAUCCAUCUCUUUGUACAAUCUGAGAACUAAUAAACCACCUUCAUAACAGUU